GUCGCGUUCAGUCUUCUUUCGAGCUUCGCAGUGUGCACACCGCUCCCUCCACUAUUCGAUUCGAUCCGAACUAGUACGAUCCGAACCGAUAUAGUCUCGCAUUAAUUCGCGUGCGCGAGAGUUUGAUACAAAUAUUGCAAGUGUUUUAAUUGAGGAGAAUCCCAAGCACUCAAGCAAGAUGACGGUGGAUCUAUCGCCAGUGCAGGAAUACUACAAGGACAAGACGAUCUUCAUCACUGGAGCGUCUGGGUUCAUGGGCAAGGUGCUGCUGGAGAAGUUGCUCUACUCCUGCCACUCCCUCAAGGAGGUGAUAAUCAUCUGCCGCCCGAAGCGUGGCAAGGCACCCGAGACGCGUCUCGAGGAGAUGUUCAAGCUGCCCAUCUUCCAGCGCAUCAAGGACGAGCGUCCGGAGAUGCUUAAGAAGGUUACCAUCUACCAGGGCGACGUUACCUUCGACCAGCUUGGACUCAGCGGGGAGAGCUUGAAGCACGUGACCGAGAACACCAACAUUGUUUUCCACAUGGCGGCCACCCUGAAGCUGGAGGGCAACCUUCGCGACGCCAUCGACAUGAACUUGCUGGGCACCCGGCGAGCGCUCAACGUGGCCAAGGAAAUGAAGCAGCUGGAGGCCUUCAUCCACUUGUCCACGGCUUUCUGCAACUGCGACCAGGAGGUGAUGUACGAGAAGGUGUACGAUUUUCCACACAAGCCAGAGGAUCUCAUGCGCCUGGCCGAGUGGAUGGACGUGAAGACCCUGGACGCCAUUACGCCGGAUUUGCUGAAGCCGCACCCCAACACCUACACCUACUCAAAGCGCCUGGCGGAGCUCCUGGUGCGCGACCACUACGAGUCCAUGCCCGUCAUCAUCGCCCGUCCCAGCAUCGUGUCGCCGUCGGCGUACGAGCCCGUCCCGGGAUGGGUGGACAACCUCAACGGACCCACCGGGCUGAUGGUGGGCGCCGGCAAGGGCGUCAUCCGCUCGAUGCUGAUUGACACGCGCCACCUGUCCGAGGUGAUUCCGGUGGACUACGCCAUCAACGGACUGUGCGUGAUCCCCUACCAGUUCGCCAAGAUGACGGAGCGGCCGACAGAGGUGCCGGUAUACAACAUCACGUGCGCUGACCACCGCAAGAUGCAGUGGGGCGAGGUAAUCGAAAUGAGUAAGGAAAUAGGGUACCGAUACCCGAUGGAGGCGGGUCUCUGGUAUCCCGACGGAUGCAUCACCACCAACAAACUGCACCACAACAUCAACGUGCUGCUCUUCCACUGGCUGCCUGCCUACUUGAUCGACUUCAUCCUGCUGCUGCUGGGCCAGAAGCGAUUCAUGAUCCGCGUCCAGAACCGUAUCUCUGUGGGCCUCGAGGUGCUGCAGUUCUUCACGAUGCGCGCCUGGUUCUUUAAGUCGGACGCCUACUCCUCGCUGUGGGCCAUGCUAAACGAGGCGGACAGGAAAAACUUUAACAUGGACAUGGAUCCCGAGGAGACCGUCCCCAUGUACAUAGAGUCAUGUGUCCAGGGAGGGCGACAGUACCUGAUGAAGGAGUCGCCCGACAGCUUGCCCCGCGCCCGGCUCCAGCUGAAGCUCAUGUACAUCUUGGACCGCGCUUGCAAGACGCUCAUCGUGGGCACCCUGUGCUACUGGACCUACGGGUUGGUGGCACGUCUGCUGGGCACAGCUCCUAGUAAACCCCUCUUCCUUCCUGCAGUGUCUCCGGCUGCCUUCGAGCCCUUGCCCGGAUGGGUGGACAACCUGAACGGACCCACUGGCCUGAUGAUCGGAUGCGGAAAGGGCGUGAUCCGGUCCGUGCUGGUGAACCAGCAGAACAAGGCGGAGGUGAUUCCCGUCGACUACGCGAUCAACGGACUGAUCGUCAUUCCCUACGAGUUCAACAAGCAGGCCAAGCGGCCCACCAAUGUGCCCGUGUACAAUAUAACCAAUGCGGACCACAGGAAGAUGACCAUGGGCACCGUGGUGGAGAUGAGCAAGCGCAUCAACAAGCAGUUCCCCUUUAACGCCGGUCUCUGGUACCCGGACCCCUGCGUGACCACCAACCAAUUCUACCACAACUUCAACGUGGCCCUGUUCCAUUGGCUGCCCGCUUACUUCCUGGACUUCCUGAUGCUGAUCUUGGGCCAGAAGAGAUUCAUGCUGCGAGUUCAGGAGAAGAUAUCCACAGGUCUGGGAGUCCUGCAGUUCUUUACCCUCAAUGCCUGGAUCUUCCGUUCUGAGAACUACGCCUCCCUAUGGAACAAACUCAACGAGGAAGACAAGGCGAUCUUUAACAUGAACAUGAACACCGAGAACACCGAGGAGGAGUACAUGGUUGAGUGUGCCAAGGGUGCUCGAAAGUUUAUCCUCAAGGAGAAGGAGGAGGAUCUGCCCAGGGCACGCGUCCACAUGAAGAUCCAAUGGGUCGUGGACGUCGUGUGCAAGACGGUGAUUGUGGGACUGUUCUUCUACUACCUCCUCAAGUGGACGGGGGUGCUGGCUAUAUUCUGAUUCUGGUUCUCCGUGGACUUGCAUUGGUUUGGUGGUCACGGUCACAGG